GAUGUGUGAGGUUUUUGUAUCCCAUUCUGAUUUCAGGUUUUAAGAGACCAACGUUAUGGACCUUUCCUUCUUCUUUUUGGUUGGUGCCCUGGUUCUGAUAAUGGAACAAGGAGGCCACACAGCAUCCCUGCCCGUCCCUGUGCCCCACGCAGUAAGAAGCUUGCCCGUCCAGCUGGACAACAGGGCCCAGCGGCGUGAGAAGCGCUGCUCCUGCGAAAACCUGAAGGACAAGGAAUGUGUGUACUUCUGCCAUAUUGGAAUCGUUUGGAUCAACACACCCAGCCAGAUAAUUCCAUACGGAGUGGGAUCCCUCCAGAUGCGGCUAAGAAGAGAUGCGGCGCGAUGCCGUUGCAGAAAUAAGAGUGAUGCUGAGUGCUUUAAGUUCUGUUCCCAGUGGUAUUCAGAGGAUGAAAAUGCUUCUGUUUUGAGGCGCCCUCCUGGAAAAUCCAGAGAACGAUACAAGGUUACAGUGAAACGGAGUGGGUACGGUGCCAUCCAGGAAACCUGAAGGGUGUGAGGCAACCUAUGUUUGCAGUCUUUGUCAACCACAGCCACAUCAAUUCUAUUUCUGUAAAUAUUACUGGUAAUGUGAAUGGUCACAAUUCAUGGUACGUGAGACCCUCUUCAGUUUGACUGUCAGAAAUGAAGUACUUUUGAGGACUUGAGACAUAGUCGGCCAUAAAGCUACAAAACUACAGCUCGAAUAUAUACUGAUCAGGCACAUUCUGACCGCCUCUUGUUUCUACGCUCAUUGUCCACUUUAUCAGCU